UCAGGGGAGUGUGUCCUCCACACUUCUCCAUUUUUAUAAUCUAAACCCUAAUAUUCUUAAAUCCACCAUCCUUCAAUAUCUCUUCCAUUAUGGCUUCCAAUGACCAAACUUCUCGCAACAGUGCCAAACUCCAGGUACCCGCCCUCGACAUCGAGGGAGAGCGGUCCAUCAUUGCACUCGAGGACGGCAGUGAUGAUGACUUCGACUACUCGAAACGAUCUCAGUGGCUGCGAGCGGCUGUCCUAGGGGCCAAUGAUGGCCUCGUGUCCACCGCAUCACUCAUGCUGGGUGUUGGCUCUGUGAAGCAGGACAUCAAGGCCAUGGUCCUGUCAGGGUUCGCCGGCCUUGUCGCCGGGGCCUGCAGCAUGGCUAUAGGAGAGUUCGUCUCUGUGUACUCGCAGUUGGACAUAGAGCUGGCCCAGAUGAAGAGGGAAGGAAAUCACCGGGAUGCUUCAGGAGCCGAAUUGGAGGCUGAGGACUUGCCGAACCCGCUGCAGGCUGCCUUAGCGUCAGCGCUUUCCUUUUCAGUGGGUGCGCUGGUGCCACUACUGGCAGCAUCAUUCAUAACUAGGGACCACAGGGUCAGGCUCGGGGUGAUCGCUGCGGCAGUGACCGUCGCUUUGGUGGCAUUUGGGUGGCUCGGUGCAGUGCUAGGGAAGGCACCCGUGGUUAGGUCUUCGAUCAGGGUCAUCUUCGGAGGAUGGCUCGCUAUGGCCAUCACCUAUGGGUUAACCAAGUUGGUAGGGUCGAAUGCGCUUUGAGGGGGAUAAUGCAAUCCUAUCUAUCUAUGAUAUAAUAAAAAAAAGGGUAAAUAACCCAAAAAAAUGUUGUUCUUGUCAUGUGAUCAUGAAACUGAAAUUUGUAAUACGUACUUAUUGUAAUGAGUCAACUGUACGUCUAUGUGCUUGUUAUGUUCAUGCAUGUAUCAUCGAGCUGAAAUAUUGAAGUGAAGCUCGUCCCGAUGAUAUGCCUAAUAAUUGGUGUAACAUUGUGUUGUUUAAUUU